CUAUCGUCCUUUGGGACCUAAAGAGUAAGAGGUCACGGGUAAAACGUCGUUAACAACGGCGCGAGACGGGAACCUGAGGUGAUGGCUAAACAUCAUCCGGAUUUAAUCUUCUGCCGCAAACAGGCGGGAGUGGCUAUUGGAAGACUAUGUGAAAAAUGUGAUGGCAAAUGUGUUAUCUGCGACUCUUAUGUACGGCCUUGUACAUUGGUGCGCAUUUGUGAUGAGUGCAACUAUGGCUCUUACCAAGGACGUUGUGUGAUAUGUGGGGGUCCUGGAGUCUCUGAUGCUUAUUAUUGCAAGGAAUGUACUAUUCAGGAAAAAGAUCGAGAUGGUUGUCCCAAGAUUGUCAAUUUGGGGAGUUCAAAAACAGAUCUCUUUUAUGAGCGAAAGAAAUAUGGCUUCAAGAAAAGAUGAUCCCAUCUCCACUGUGAAAGUACUCCUGAAAAAUUUUGGACUUCAUUUUUAUAGGAAAGCAAUUAAAUAUGGAAAAUAUUGCUUACUAAAAAUUAUUGUCAUUUUUCAAUGAAAACAAAUAUUGAGUUAAAUGUUAUAAUUUGAAUCACUAAGUAAGUAAAUUGGAAUUCAGACCAUGGAUCUUGAUAGACAUAGACCUUUUUUCUGAUAUAAUUCUUUCAUUGUAUAUUAGGUCAAACCCAAGGUUUUCUCAAGAAUUUGUUCUGUUCUUUCAGUGCUAUGGUGGAUUAUACCAUAAUAAAGUUUUAUAAUAGCCUUCUAAUGGAAACUUUCAUAUUACAUUUCUUGAUCUUGGGUUGGCGUAUGUGUGAUUGUUAUUAGUUUGUUAGUUUUCAGGGAGAUAAAUUCAGGCAUAAAUUGGUAGUGGUAGUGGACAGCAUACAAGCUGAAUAAAUCAAUAAAGAACAUUUGGUAUUACCCUAA